GUUUACUAUUGAAUAAAUUCAACUUAUAUUUUAACACAAAAAUGACAAAUCAACAAAAAUGUGCUAAAUUGGUAAGUCAAGAUAGAUACGUAGAAACUUUUCAGUUUGUAGAUUUUUUGAAAUUAUGUACAGUUUGAAAACAAAAACAGUUAAAAAUAAUGUUUUUGAAAUACGUGUACAAGCUUGAUAUCACUAUGUAAGACUUAGUAGCAUCAUUAUACAGUUUACUCAUGCCAGUGCUCGAGCAAUUUUAUGUGUACUAAUAUUAUUCGUAUACUCUGACUAAUUUUUCUCUACAGGUUUACUCAUAGGCAAUAACGUGAGUACUUAAUGUAAUACUCAUGUUCAUUUCUUUACAAAAUGUUUAGUAAAAUAUUUGCACAUUUGCAUAUACCAAAAUUGUUUGAACAUAGGUAAUUAAGUAAAAUGACAUAUUAUAAUGAACAGUAGAGAAAAAACUACUUCAGUCGCCAAUCUAAUUCAUUUUCUAUUCUGUGUGAUGAAUCAUUUAAAUGAUGACGUUAACUACUGAGUUUAAGAAUAGAAGAAAGACCUUCCAUUCUAAAUUGUUAACCUGUUGGGCAAAAUUAAAUAUUGCUUUAGAUAAUUAUGUUAAUAUGUAUACAUUCAAAUUUAAUUUUCAAAAUAUAGACCAAAAUUUCUGUAUUAAAACACAGGUUUUCAGAUUACCUGUACAAUAAAACGACAUAACGACAACUGACAACUUCUGUUACGAGUCAGUUAUGACUUAAGAUCAUAAAGACAUCUAAAGAAAUCUAUCUACAAAUGAUUUUAUUUUGUAUUUUUUUUUCUAUAUGUUACUAAAAGACUUAAAUUGUUGCGAAUUAAAAAUUUAUCUAUUUCAUUUCUGUGUAGCAAUUACCACCAUGCAUGCAUUUAUAAUUAGACUUCGCUAUUUGACAAAAUAACUCACUAUUCAUUUUUUGUUCCACUUUACUGUGCUCAAUCUGUGUUUUCACGUACAGUCACUUUAUGAGAUAGAAAUCAAGAUAUCUACAUCGUUAAUAGCGAAAGUUAAACAUUCCUUUAUUUUUGUGUCAUAAGAAUAAAGUUUGAUUUUUGUGUAAAGAUCUGAGAAAACAAUGCAGUUUUAAAAAUGCAUGAAACUUAAUUAUUAAAAAUAUACAACAGAUAUGGAAUGCUAAAAUAAAAAUGAUGGUUCAUAAUACGAAAUCAGCGAUCAUGCUACUGAAAAACUUCUCAUCAAUUGUAUAUUUCAAAAGAAAUUAAGUUUGUUAUUUUUAAAAAUUUGAUGCUCUUCUACUAUCCUUUUAACAAAUAAAUAACAUCUUAUUUUUAUCACACAGAAAUAAAAAAAUAUUUCACUUUCUUCUCUAUAGAUAUAGAUUUCUAUAGACCUAUUAUUUUUUUUAAAUGUUCAAAAAAGUUAGAACUGUAAUUCUCAUAUUCAUUGUUUGCUUAAAUCCUUAUUUUACACGUCUGCAAUUUUUGUGUCUUAAUAUAUUACUCAAAGAAAAUAGAUGUACAAAGACUAUACUCCACAGAAUAUAGGCUUACGAGUAUUAGGUAUCAAAUAUUAGAGUACACAAAACUAUGUAGAAGUAUUCAACAAAAAUUCAACAUCACACGAUGAGUACUCAAUUGCUGUACUCAGAUAAUUUGUUUUUUAGUAAGAUCACUAUUGAUCACCACUAGAAAUCUUGAAAUAUUCUUGAGUGCUCGCAGCAUGUUCUAGCGUAAGUGAUUUUUCUGUACUCACUUGAUGAGUACCUUCACUGAGGUAAUCGGAUAAAAUUUAGUCUAGAGCGCAAACUAUACCAUGUUCUGCACUUGUUUCUUUGCCGAAAUCAGCUAUAAAGGGACAACAUUGUUUAAGCAAAAAAGUUCUUUUAUUUAUUUUUUGAUAGGUUGCAGCGUAUUUGGAUCCAUUUACACUUGCCGAAAUGUCUACUGAAGAAAUUAAUGAAGCUGAAGCUUUGAUAAUGCGUGAAGCUGAAACCUUUGCUGUUGCAAAGAAAACAUCAUCUACAGCAACAGCUACAAGAGAACAACUACAACAACCAAGUACAACAUCAUCAUCGUCGUCAAUAAAUUCAUCAAAACAAUCAAGCUUAUCAACAAUAAGUCGAUUCCGAACGUCAUGCCGUUCUUCAUCAAUUGAUUCAGCAGCUACACCCAAACAAGAAAAAAAGGAAACACCAUUAACAUUAAAACAAGAAUUAAGUGCUUACAUAUCUACAAGUAGAUCUUAUGAAGAUUAUCAAUCUUAUUGGAAUGAAAAAAAAACUUUAUUACCGAUUUUAUCAUCAUUUACACGUCGUUAUAACUGCAUUCCAGCAACGUCAGUCGCAUCCGAGUCAGCUUUCUCGGUAGCCGGUUACAUCGAUAGAAAACAACGCGCCUCAUUAUUACCAACGACACUUCGAUAUUUGAUGUUAUUAAAAACAUAA